AUGCUUGACCAUGACCAAAUGCUUCCUGUUAGCUACAGGAGUUUCUCCGUUCUUCAACGCCCGCCUCCAAACUAUGAAGGCCACAUUCCGUUGACGAAGCUCGAAAGGUUGGGCCUAGCCACAGGCUCGGGACUACUCAGUUUUCUAGACCCUCGACGAGCAGACCUGAUAGCUGCCUUUGGUGAGGCGACCGCGCAACCCUACUUCAUCUAUGCCCUCCGAGACCGCAUGCUACUUAGUCCUACCGGACGACGUAUACUCCGCGACCGACCUCGCCUGACAUCCAAGUCUCUCAACAUACCCUACCUACGCACCCUUCCUAGCAACACACUCGGAUACGCGUACGCUGAGUGGCUAGACCGCGAAGGAGUGUCGCCGGACACUCGCUCCGCCGUUCGCUACAUCGAUAAUGAGGAGUGCGCAUACGUCAUGCAACGCUAUCGCGAGUGCCAUGACUUUUACCAUGCACUGGCUGGCUUGCCUGUUUUCAGGGAAGGAGAGGUCGCUGUCAAAGCAUUUGAAUAUGCGAAUACGGGUUUGCCCAUGACUGGACUUGCCGUAUUCAGCGCUCUCACUCUCAAGAAAGCCGAGUGGAGACGUUUCAUUGAUAUAUAUGGUCCGUGGGCAUUCAGAAACGGCGCCAGGAGUGACGACGUCAUCAAUAUCUACUGGGAAGAAGAGCUUGAAACAGAUAUCGACGACCUUAGAGCAAGGUUAGGAAUUGAGAGGCCUCCAGAUAUGAGGGCCAUCAGAAAGGCAGAAAGAGCAAGAAGGAAAGGGGAAAAGGUGGUAGGGGAACCCACUGUGACAGCAACGCCUGGAUCAACAUCAAACUAA